AUGGCUGGCGCAAGUGACAAGGCGCGUUUCUACCUCGAGCAGUCGGCGACGGAGCUGAACGAGCUUGAGCGCAAGAAGAUCUUUACAAGGGCAAGCUGGGAUUCCUCGAAAUCACCCAACGCUCAACUGAAUCUAACUGGCUUUAGGAAGAAAUCCGCUCUAUAG